CAUACUGACAGUCAUCGCUCUCUCUGCUGUGUGUGGGCGUUUUUUGUUCCAUGGCGUCUCCGACUAGGUGGAGAGGAUGAAAUGCGAAGCUGCUAAGACGGUUCCGAUGAAGACUACGGCGGCCGCUUCCGUCGGACCGGAGAAUCUGCGUUCCAUUUCGACGGCGAAUCGCAGGCCCCAGCGCCGGCGGAGGAGCAGCAUCGGCCGAAUCCGGCUCAAGCGGGAGGGCGGUGGCGGUGCGGCAUGUGGCACAGCACGUAGAGCCGGCAGUCCGGCGACACCGCUGCUGACGUGGAAGUUCGAGGGCGAUGACGAAGAUGGUGGCAGAGGAACCAAGGCGAAGAAGACGGAGAAGAAAAAGAAGCAGGCCCAGGAAUCCGGCCAGGACAAUGGCGGGGGAAGGAAGAAGGGGAAGGACGAGAAACCGGCAGGAAUCAUCUCGGCCAGGAGGCUCGCCGCCGGGUUGUGGCGUUUACAGCCUGCGGAGGCGUCCCUCUCCGGCAAGGCAACUCGCCGUACGCUCCACCGACCUGUGGGAUCUGAGGCUUUCUUUGGUCACUUGGGGAAUUCGUUUCGUCAUGAAUUCAUUGAAUCAACAUGCGGGUCAGAAGCAAGGGAUCGCCAAUCGCAGAGUCCAGUUGCGGUCUCACAAAGAAUGAAUAAAUUUUGUCACAAGCUUGAAUCGUCUGUUGCAUUUCCGGAUCCUGCAAUGGAGAGAGCAACAAAGUGGGAUAGGGGACGCCAGAGAACAAGUGAUGACGUCUAUAGAUGCUACAGUCAGUUGAGCUUUAUUGAAGAUCAACGAGAGCCUUCUUCCUCAAUAGUUGCAGUUCUUCAAUCAGAGCUUGAUUUGUGCAGGAUGCAUAUUCGUGAGCUUGAGGCUGAACGUAGAUCCUCAAAGAAAAAGGUUGAUCAUUUCUUGAGGAAGCUUGCAGAGGAAAGAGCGUCAUGGAGGACCAGAGAGCAUGAGAAGAUAAGGUUGGUGAUUGAUGGGAUGAAGGAGGACCUCAACAGGGAAAGGAAACACAGACAGCGGGCAGAGAUCAUGAACACAAAGUUGGUGAAUGAGCUAGCAGAGGCCAAAUUAACUUCAAAAAGAUUCAUGCAAGACUAUGAAAAAGAGAGGAAGGCUAGGGAGCUCAUGGAAGAGGUCUGCGAUGAACUUGCGAAGGAGAUUGCUGAUGACAAGGCUGAAGUUGAAGCACUAAAAAGAGAGGCCAUGAAAAUCAGGGAAGAAGUUGAAGAAGAGCGGAAGAUGCUGCAGAUGGCAGAGGUAUGGAGGGAAGAAAGGGUCCAAAUGAAAUUGGUUGAUGCAAAACUGACACUUGAAGAUAAGUAUUCCCAGUUGAUAAGAAUUCAGACUGAACUGGAAGCAGUUCUAAAAUCUGGAAGUACUGGAGACCCUAGGGAAUUGAAAGCAGCAGAGAUUCUCAGGAAUGCAAUAAGCUUGGUGAAGAUUCAAGACAUAAAGGAAUUCUCAUAUCAGCCUCCUACAUCAGAGGAUGUUUUCUCUGCCUUCGAGGAUUCUGGUGAAGCAAAUGAGUAUGAGAAGGAGAUAGAAACAUGCUUCGGUUUAGAACCUGAUCUGGGCUGCUGCAGCCCAGCGAGCCGUAGCUCAAAGAUUCACACUGUGAGUCCGGAGGUUCGUGGUUUAAAUAGUCAUCUGCAAAAAUAUGUUGUAGCAGUCAAUCGGAAUGGAUCUAUAGAUGAUGAUGGAAGUGUGUGGGACUCGGGCAGUCAAGAUGAGGAACAAGGUUCUAGCAAUUCACCUGAUGGCAGUGACCUGUUCAUUAAUGGGCACCACGAAGGGAGUAACUUCUCAGGAAGUGGAACAGAGUGGGAAGAGAAUGCUGAUAAUAUCUCUGCAACUGCGGAAGUUGAGGUAGAUUAUUCCGCAUCAGGAAUGCAAAGAAAAAGGAAGCCUUCAACGGUGUCCAGAAUCUGGCGGUCAUUACCCAAUAAUGGGGAUUCAUUUAAGGCAAUUCCAGUUGAAGUGACAAAGGGAAGGAUUUCUAACCGGCUUAUGUCUCCAGAUAGAAUAUCUGGUGAUGGAGUUCAUACUCCAGGAAGUGUGGAUCUCUGGAGCUCACCUGAUGCAAGCAAUCCCCGUAUAAGCGGAGGCACAAAAGGCUGUAUUGAAUGGCCUCGCAGUGCUCAGAGAAACAGCUUGAAGGCAAAACUUUUGGAAGCCAGAGUUGAGAGCCAGAAAAUUCAGCUUCGGCAGGCCCUUAAGCAGAAAAUCUGAAUGUCAAUCUUAUGCAGUGUUUACAGAAAAGGCCUGGAAGAUGUGAAUUUUUUAGCUUACCGAUCGUGCAAGAAUAAUAAAAUUCACCUGUGGAUUUUGCUAUUCUUAUACUAACCAGUGAAGGCAGAUUUCAAGUAGUGAUUCUAGCAGAGCAUGUUAGCUAGUAAAGGAAUCGCCCUCUUCCUGUCGUAGCUGUUACAGCAGCAUAAACUGCCAAUUGGUAGUAAGCUCUGUACAACCAGCAUUUUGGGCUGUCCUCCCUAUCUUCUUUAUUGUACUACAGUAAAUUGUUCAUGCAUCAGGUAACAAAGUGUUCAUUUAUCUUGA